AUGGAGGUGGACGACGCCCCCAUCUCCGCCGACGCCAAGGACCGCAUGAAGGCCGUGGGCAUCACGCACCUCACCCCGGUGCAGGAGCGAACCCUGCGCGCGGUCAUCGUCGACGGCCUCGACGUCCUGGUCAGGGCGCCCACGGGAUCGGGCAAGACGCUCGCCUACCUCCUUCCUAUCGCGCACGCGCUCGCGAGGCUGCCGCCGGGAGACCUCGCGAACCCCGGGCGGCCCAACGCGAUCGUGUUCCUGCCCACCAGGGAGCUCGCCGCUCAGGUGCAUCAGCACGCGGAGCGGCACGUCGCGGACGCGGGUUUCGGCUGCGCUUUAAUCGUCGGCGGCGCCGACGAAAAGUCGCAGCUCGCCGCGAUUCGCGCGAACGCGCGGUGCGUCAUCGGAACCCCGGGGCGCAUCAAGGAGUUCGUCGACCGCGGCGUCAUCAAGACGGAUCUCGUCAUCGCGCAGGUCCUCGACGAGGCGGACCGGCUGCUGGACGGCGGGUUCGAGCGAGACGUGGAAUCCGUGAUGCACUCGCCCGGGGGACAGGCGCGAACCAUGUGCCUCAGCGCGACGAUGCCACCGUCGCUCGCGCGGUUCCUCCAGCGGCAGCUCCCGCCCGACCACGCCGUCAUCGACAUGUUCGGCAGGGGCGGCGGUAACGUCGGGGGUGCAGUGGAGCAUCUCGCGGUGACGACGCAUCGGAACGAUCUGGCGGGAACGGUGUUGGACGCCAUCGACGCGUACGCGGCGGGAGCCGCGGGACGCGGGGAUACGGACGACGAUUCGUAUUCCACGCGCGCCACGGGGCAGGCGAUCGUGUUCGUGGAGACGAAGACCUUCGCGGAGCAGCUGUCGGGGACGCUGGCGAUCGCGUACGAGGGGUACACCGUUUCGCGCCCGGCUUGGUUUUCCGCGACGGGUUUUCGACGCCGACUCGUCAUCUACCCACCCACGGUUUCUUUCAAAGUUGACCCCGGAUUCAUUCAUUCGUUCAUUCAUUCAUCGCGACAGGAGCGACUGGACGCCGACGGCGAGAAGAAUAAAUCGACGCGGCGCAGAACCGUCACCUCCCUUCACGGCGACCUCCCCCAGAUCGCCAGGGACGCCGCCAUCGCCUCCCUCCGCGCGGGCGAGUGCGACGUCCUCGUCGCCACCGACGUCGCCGCCCGCGGCCUGGACCUACCCGGCGUGGAGCUCGUGGUGCACGCGGAUUUACCUCGGACCGCCGACGCCUACGCGCACAGGGCGGGUCGAGCGGGUCGGCCCGGGUGUGCGGUUCGCGGCGCGUCGCUGCUCCUUCCCCCUCCCGGCCCGGAGCACGCGGCGCACGUCGCGAGGCUGGAGCGGGAGGCGAAGAUCGCGGUGAGACGGCUCACGGCGGUUGGGGAGAGGGAGGCGCGGGGUAGGAGCGUCGCUGCGGCGGUCGCGGCGUCGGCUGCGGCGGCUUCUCGAAGUUUCGACGGCGGCGUCGGCGGCGACGGGGUGGUCAACGCGGCGUCAUCGCCGGCGUGCGUGCGUGCCGACGCGGUGAGCGAGGAGGACGCGCAGGCUGCGAGGGCGAGGCUGGGUGAGCGGAUGCUCGUGGCUGACAGGUUCGGGGAGUUCACCGGCGAGCUGAGCGAGCUCCGGGGCGGUAAGUCGGCGGGCGCGUCGGGCGGCAAGUCGAAGGGGAAAGCGAAGGGAAGGCGCAGGUGA